CGCCACACAGCCGGCCGGCCCGCCGGCUUGAAAGUCCAGUUCCCUGAUCUCCGUACAGAAUCCCUCCGAUCCACCGAUGGACGGCCACGGGUGGACGCCGCGUCCGGGCUGGACGGCAGCGUCCGUCCGACAGAGGCGACCUGAACGGGUCAAGCCGUUCAUGCGCUGGGCGGGUCAAACCAUGCACGCUCGAGCCUAGACCGACUAGAGACUAGAGCCGAACGACAAGGACCCAUGCGAUUCCACGCCCGCCACCCUGGUACGUAGUCGUACUCUCGAUCACGACGCCCUAAUCGCGCCAGCAAACCGCGUGUUCGCCGGCAAGCCGACGGCGCGGGGGCGCGGGCAUAUAUAGCUCGUGCCCCGGCACCUUCUCCUCAGACAGUCCGUCAGUCAGUCAUCAGCCACUGACGAGCCAUUUCCAACCCUCUCGUGCGCAUCUUCCACGAGAGCAUCAGCAAAGCAAGAAUAAAGGCAGCUAGCAGCACGAACAACGGCGGCUAGCGGCUGAAGGAGGGGCCGAUGGAGAUCGUGAGGAUGGGGAGCUCGGCGGGGGGCGGGAGCGGCGUGCGGCGGACGGCGUCGUCGUGGCGGGGGACGUCCGGGAGGAGCGACGCCUUCGGGCGGUCGGCCAGGGAGGAGGACGACGAGGAGGCGCUGCGCUGGGCGGCCAUCGAGAAGCUCCCCACGUACGACCGCAUGCGCAAGGGCAUCCUGCUCCCGGGCGCCGUCGCCGGCGUCGGCGGCGCCGGGCAGGAGGUGGACAUCCAGGGGCUCGGCCUCAACGAGAGGAAGAACCUCAUCGAGCGCCUCAUACGCACCGCCGAGGAGGACAACGAGCGCUUCCUCCUCAAGCUCCGCGACCGGAUGGAGCGGGUUGGGAUCGAGAACCCGACGAUCGAGGUGCGGUUCCAGAACCUCAACAUCGACGCCGAGGCCUACGUCGGCAACCGGGGAAUCCCGACGUUCAUCAACUUCUUCUCCAACAAAAUCAUGAAUGUGCUGAGUGCUCUGCGCAUCGUGUCAAGCGGGAAGAGGCCCAUCUCUAUCAUCCAUGACAUCAGCGGAAUCGUAAGACCCGGCAGAAUGUCCUUGUUGCUUGGCCCCCCUGGGUCCGGAAAAACUAGUCUACUCCUGGCCCUGGCAGGGAAGCUGGACUCAACUCUCAAGGUGUCAGGGAGAGUGACUUACAACGGGCAUGACAUGCAUGAAUUUGUCCCCCAGAGGACAUCAGCGUACAUCGGGCAGCAUGACCUUCACAUCGGCGAAAUGACGGUGAGGGAGACACUGGCCUUCUCUGCGAGAUGUCAAGGAGUCGGAACCCGUUACGACAUGCUUACUGAACUCUCAAGAAGGGAGAAAGAAGCCAACAUCAAGCCAGAUCCUGACAUUGAUGUCUACAUGAAGGCCAUCUCUGUGGAAGGUCAAGAGAGCGUGAUCACAGAUUACAUCCUCAAAAUUUUGGGUCUGGAAAUCUGUGCAGAUACAAUGGUUGGGGACGGUAUGAUCAGAGGCAUCUCAGGAGGACAAAAGAAGCGUGUCACCACAGGCGAGAUGCUUGUCGGGCCAGCAAAGGCACUGUUUAUGGAUGAAAUCUCCACCGGUUUGGACAGCUCCACAACGUACCAGAUCAUCAACUCCCUCAGGCAAUCUGUCCACAUCCUCGGUGGCACGGCAUUGAUCGCGUUGCUUCAGCCUGCGCCUGAAACAUACGAGCUCUUUGAUGACAUUGUUCUGCUCACCGAGGGGAAAAUCGUGUACCAGGGUCCUCGAGAAAGCGUCCUUGAGUUCUUUGAGGCCGUCGGAUUCAGAUGCCCUGAGAGGAAGGGUGUUGCAGACUUCUUGCAAGAAGUAUGUGAUACACAAGAGCUCUCUGUGCUGCAUUUUUUUUUGAAAGAAACUCCUAUGCUACAUGUUAGGACUAGGAACUCAAAUUUGACAUUUUCCAUUGUGAAUUCACAGGUAACAUCUAGGAAGGAUCAGCACCAGUACUGGUGCCGAAGUGACGAGCCAUACCGAUACAUCUCGGUCAACGACUUCACGGAGGCAUUCAAAGCAUUCCAUGUUGGCCGUAAGAUGGGCUCGGAGCUCAGGGUGCCGUUCGAUCGAACCAGGAACCACCCUGCUGCGCUCACGACUUCCAAGUUCGGUAUCAGCAAGAUGGAGCUUCUGAAGGCAUGCGUCUCUAGGGAGUGGCUGCUGAUGAAGAGGAACUCGUUUGUUUACAUCUUUAAAAUAGUUCAGCUCAUAAUCCUUGGGACCAUCGCAAUGACUGUCUUCCUGCGUACGGAGAUGCACCGGGACUCAGUCGAGGAUGGAGUGAUCUACAUGGGCGCGAUGUUCCUCGGCCUGGUCACGCAUUUGUUCAAUGGAUUCGCCGAGCUCGCCAUGAGCAUUGCAAAGCUGCCUAUAUUCUACAAGCAGAGGGACCUGCUCUUCUAUCCAUCAUGGGCGUAUGGAUUGCCUACAUGGCUGCUCAAGAUCCCGAUAUCAUUCCUGGAAUGUGCCGUGUGGAUCUGCAUGACUUACUAUGUCAUUGGCUUCGAUCCAAACAUCGAAAGGUUCUUCCGCCAUUACCUGCUGCUUGUGCUGAUCAGCCAGAUGGCAUCGGGUCUCUUCCGGGUUCUUGCUGCAUUAGGAAGGGAUAUGGUUGUUGCAGACACGUUUGGGUCGUUUGCUCAGCUUGUUCUUCUGGUUCUCGGCGGCUUCUUGAUAGCUAGAGAUAACAUCAAGGCAUGGUGGAUUUGGGGCUACUGGUGCUCCCCUCUGAUGUAUGCCCAGAACGCCAUAGCGGUGAACGAGUUCCUUGGGCAUAGCUGGAGGAUGGUUGUUGAUCCGACAGACAGCAAUGACACGCUAGGCGUACAAGUCUUGAAGUCGCGCGGCAUCUUUGUCGAUCCAAACUGGUACUGGAUCGGUGUUGGUGCCUUACUUGGGUACAUCAUGCUCUUCAAUGUACUCUUCAUUGUGUUCCUCGACUUGCUUGACCCACUUGGAAAGGGCCAAAAUGUUGUUUCUGAAGAGGAACUGAUGGAGAAGCAUGUGAACCGCACCGGAGAAAAUGUAGAGUUGCUGCUUCUUGGAAACGAUUCCCAGAAUUCACCUUCCAACGGAGGAGGAGAAAUCACUGGCGCUGACACCAGGGAGAGGGGAAUGGCACUUCCAUUUACUCCCUUGUCAAUCACCUUUGACAAUAUCAGAUAUUCUGUGGACAUGCCUCAGGAAAUGAAAGACAAAGGUAUUACUGAAGACCGGCUAGUGCUCCUGAAAGGUGUUAGUGGAGCUUUCAGGCCAGGAGUUCUUACAGCAUUGAUGGGCGUCAGCGGGGCGGGAAAGACCACUCUGAUGGAUGUGUUGGCGGGACGGAAAACUGGCGGUUACAUUGAAGGAGACAUCAGCAUCUCUGGAUACCCGAAGAACCAAGACACUUUUGCCCGGAUUGCUGGUUACUGUGAGCAAAAUGAUAUCCAUUCUCCACAUGUCACCGUUUAUGAAUCCCUCGUGUACUCGGCGUGGCUCCGGUUGUCCCCUGAUGUAGACUCAGAAGCAAGACAAAUGUUUGUGGAACAAGUCAUGGAACUCGUCGAGCUGACAUCACUGAGGGGAGCAUUGGUGGGACUGCCAGGAGUGAAUGGUUUAUCCACCGAACAGCGUAAAAGGCUCACCAUUGCUGUUGAGCUUGUUGCCAACCCCUCCAUCAUAUUCAUGGAUGAACCAACUUCUGGACUGGACGCAAGGGCAGCUGCCAUCGUGAUGAGGGCGGUCAGAAACACAGUAGACACAGGAAGAACAGUUGUCUGCACCAUCCACCAGCCCAGCAUCGACAUAUUUGAAGCUUUUGAUGAGCUGUUCCUGAUGAAACGGGGAGGAGAAGAAAUUUAUGUCGGCCCCUUGGGGCACAACUCAUGCCAUCUGAUCGAUUACUUUGAGGGAAUACAAGGUGUGAAGAAAAUCAAGGAUGGAUACAACCCUGCAACCUGGAUGUUAGAAGUGACCACCCUAGCUCAGGAAGAUGCCUUGGGUGUCAACUUUGCCGAAGUAUACAUGAAUUCUGACCUAUACCGGAGGAACAAAGCUUUGAUAAGUGACCUAAGCACACCUCCACGUGGAUCGACGGACCUGUACUUCCCAAAACAGUAUGCACAGUCCUUCUUCACACAAUGCAUUGCUUGCCUGUGGAAGCAGCAUAAGUCCUAUUGGAGAAAUCCAUCAUACACUGCAACUAGAAUAUUCUUCACGACGGUUAUUGCUCUCAUCUUUGGCACCAUCUUUUUGAACCUAGGACAGAAAAUCGGCAAGAGGCAGGACCUGUUCAAUUCUUUGGGUUCCAUGUAUGCAGCAGUUAUUUUCAUUGGAAUUCAGAAUGGCCAAUGCGUUCAACCUAUUGUCGACGUCGAGCGAACAGUUUUUUACCGAGAAAAAGCUGCUGGCAUGUACUCUGCUCUACCCUAUGCUUUUGCACAGGUUUUCAUUGAGAUCCCACAUGUCUUCCUACAGACCAUUAUUUAUGGUCUGAUUGUUUACAGCUUGAUUGGCUUGGACUGGGCAUUUAUCAAAUUCUUUUGGUACAUCUUCUUCAUGUUCUUCACUUUCCUGUACUUCACAUUUUAUGGGAUGAUGGCAGUCGCCAUGACGCCAAACAGCGACAUUGCUGCCAUAGUCGCAACUGCAUUCUAUGCAGUAUGGAAUAUCUUUGCCGGUUUCCUAGUCCCCCGACCAAGGAUACCAAUAUGGUGGAGGUGGUACUCAUGGGCAUGCCCGGUGGCAUGGACACUCUACGGGCUUGUUGCCUCACAAUAUGGAGACAUUGCAGACGUUACGCUGGAGGAUGGGGAACAAGUGAACGCUUUCAUCCACAGAUUCUUUGGAUUCAGGCAUGAUUACGUAGGUUUUAUGGCUGCCGGUGUUGUAGGAUUCACUGUUCUCUUCGCUUUCGUUUUUGCCUUCUCCAUCAAAGUCUUGAACUUCCAAAGAAGAUAGAGAGGCUAUCUGAAAACAGCUUCAGAUCUCGCUAUAGCUAAUAGAGUGUUGGCACUUGGCAGUAGGGAACACAGGAAAGUAAGUUUAGAGACGGAAUAUUCGGUAUCCGUUUCUUAGGCAAUUAACGUAUUUCUUAGAUCAGUAGUUCAAUUAUGUAUAUAUACUGUAUAUUGUAACUAUCAGAGAAGGGCCCGUUGUAAUUUUGUAAAGUUCAACAGUUCAAAUAUUUUAUGCAAGAUUGUCUAUCUUUGGUUCA